AUGUUUCGACUCAAAGCACUCGCAUGUUCAGGAUGUGAAGCAUCUGGUAACCGUGAUGUCUUUUACGGUGUCGAAACAAAGCGUCCAUUAUUUCUUCAAUGUGGUCAUCCAAUGUGCUCAACUUGUGUGAAGAAGUUUGAAAAAUGUCUAAUUUGUAAAAAAGAUGUUGUGAAUAUUGAGAAUUAUGCUGCUCGAGCGAUAUAUGAAGAACUUCGAAAAGAUCCAAUAUCCGUAUUCAAGAGUUGGUUCAAGGCUAAUGUGAGAGAUUUCCAAAUCAAGAAAAUCAAGUUUUUAUUUAGAAAACUCAAAUUAUGCAUCACUUGCGAGUUAUCACUGAAUAAUUUGGAAAUUGAUCAUGUUCAAACAGAUGGAACCGAGUGGCCAGAUUUUGGACAACGAGAAUUGAGAAGAAAAAUACACGAAGUGAACUUGGAAAGAUCGAAAAAAUAUCCAAAUGCCAAAGUUGAAUUUGACGACUAUCAUGAUCGCUAUCCAUCCGAAUUGAACAAGUUUUUUGAGUCUCUUCCAAGAAGAAAUCUAGAAAUGGUUCCAAUCGAACAAGGUGACACGUGGAUUGCUGAUCUGGAAAUACAAUCGAAAUAUUUGGAUAAACAGGCUAAUUGUGAUUGUAACAAAGUCUUGAAUGAAAUGAAUCAACUUUGUUUUGGAAAUCAAAUUGGGAAACAUUUCAUUCAAAUAAUCAAUCAAUUGGGAGAUUCAAUUAUUUCCGAGUGUCCCUUCAGACUUGAAGCAAUUCAAGAAACUCUGAAAAAAGCAUUGGAGGCUUCAAAUCUCAAACUAUAUGCAAUAUACAAGGCGUUUUGCUGGAAUUUCGGGAAGAAAAGAGUUUGCUGCUUGUUUGAUAAUUUCGAGCGGAAACCAUGUAUUUGUUAUCAUUGUAAAACAUCAACUUGUCUGGAUUGUGUUACAAGUAAUCGGAGUUACAAAUGCUCUUUCUGUGGAGAACUUUUCUUUGAUCAAGGUCUGGGAAGUGGAAAUGAAUGUGUAAUCGACAGCGAAGUUAUGAAUCUUGUUCAUUUUUAUGUGAGGAAUUGCGUUGAUUUGUACGAAAAAUGGUGGAUUUGUGAGGCAUCUGAACUCGGAUUCUGUGUCAGUUGCUCUUCAUACUCCAAUCAGCUGGAAAUUUGUGUUCACUGCGAGUUGACCACAAAUAUGAAUGCAUUGAAAACUAAACCUGGAAUAGAAAGUCAUGUUCAAUUUAGACAAAAAAUGCCUUUAUAUUUCAAAUAUAAUAAGAUGGAGAUGUUUCCGAUUCGAUGGCAAUGUGUUGAUUGUAAGAAACGACUUGAAGCGGAUUGGGAACAUAAGUACUGCGAUGAUUUGAAAUCAAAUGAAUGGAAAGGAACAUGGAAUCGUGGAUGCAAUCAUGUGAUAACCAGACUGUAUAAUACAAAAACGUGUUCAAGUUAUGACGUGCAUGGGGAUAAAUGUGAAUAUAAUGCAAUCGCUUUGAGUGAUAUUGGAUACUAUGAGUUUGCAAUGAAAGUGGCCACAAUGGGACUAGUUCACAAGAUUUUGAAGAGAGGAAUAGAAGAAAUGAUUGUGUGCAAAGCGAGAAAAAUCAGAUUAUUGCAAAUAUACGGUCGACUGAAAACUCAAACUCGAUACUAUUUCAAGAGAGCAAUGGAAGGAGUAAACAUAGAAAAACUCAAACAUGUAUCUGAUGAUAUAUCCGGUUUGAUUAACAAUUUGAAGUUGGGAUGGAGAGAUUCUGAACACGAAGGAACUGAAUGUUUGUGUUUUAAUAUCCAAAAUGAAGUGAAUGAUCUAGAUGAGGAAUCGAUACUUCCAUGGGUAAUUUGUUUAUGA